AUGGACAGUACCACCUGGAGCCCCGUGACCAACGCGACUGCUGCACCCCUCGCGCCCCACGAGCGCAUCCGCAAUGCUGCCGACAUCUCUGUCAUCGUCGUCUACUUCGUGGUGGUCAUGGCUGUGGGGCUGUGGGCUAUGUUUUCCACUAAUCGUGGGACCGUUGGAGGCUUCUUCCUGGCAGGACGAAGUAUGGUGUGGUGGCCGAUCGGAGCUUCUCUCUUCGCCAGUAACAUCGGAAGUGGCCACUUUGUGGGGCUGGCCGGGACAGGAGCAGCUGCAGGCAUUGCCACCGGGGGCUUUGAGUGGAAUGCCCUGAUUUUGGUGGUUGUGCUGGGCUGGGUGUUUGUCCCUAUUUACAUUAAGGCUGGGGUGGUGACGAUGCCGGAGUACCUGAGGAAGCGAUUUGGCGGCAAGCGCAUCCAGAUAUACCUCUCCAUCCUGUCCCUGUUGCUCUACAUUUUCACCAAGAUUUCGGCAGACAUCUUCUCUGGGGCCAUAUUCAUCAACUUAGCCUUGGGCCUGGACCUGUACCUGGCCAUCUUUCUCUUAUUGGCAAUCACCGGCCUUUACACGAUCACAGGGGGCUUGGCAGCUGUGAUUUACACGGACACCUUGCAGACGGCGAUCAUGCUUGUGGGGUCUUUUAUCCUGACCGGGUUUGCUUUUCAUGAAGUGGGAGGGUAUGAGGCCUUCAUGGAAAAGUACAUGAAAGCCAUUCCAACCGUGGUUUCUGAUGCAAACACCACCAUCAAAGAGGAAUGCUACACCCCAAGAAACGACUCCUUCCACAUCUUCCGAGACCCCCUCAAGGGAGACCUGCCAUGGCCCGGGCUCAUCUUUGGGCUGUCCAUCCUCGCCCUGUGGUACUGGUGCACAGAUCAGGUCAUUGUGCAGCGCUGCCUGUCAGCCAAAAACAUGUCUCACGUGAAGGCCGGCUGCGUGAUGUGUGGGUACCUGAAGCUGCUGCCCAUGUUCCUCAUGGUGAUGCCAGGAAUGAUCAGCCGCAUCCUGUACACAGAAAAAGUUGCCUGCGCCCUCCCCUCGGAAUGCGAGAAACACUGCGGCACCAAGGUGGGCUGUACCAACAUCGCCUACCCGACCCUGGUGGUGGAGCUCAUGCCCAAUGGACUGCGAGGCCUGAUGCUGUCAGUCAUGUUGGCGUCUCUCAUGAGCUCCCUGACAUCCAUCUUCAACAGCGCCAGCACCCUCUUCACCAUGGACAUCUACACCAAGGUCCGGAAGAGAGCAACUGAGAAAGAGCUCAUGAUUGCAGGAAGAGUGUUCAUCCUGGUGCUGAUCGGCAUCAGCAUCGCCUGGGUGCCCAUUGUACAGUCAGCACAAAGUGGACAGCUCUUUGAUUACAUCCAGUCCAUCACCAGUUACUUGGGACCACCCAUUGCAGCUGUCUUCCUGCUCGCUAUUUUCUGCAAGAGAGUCAACGAGCAGGGAGCCUUUUGGGGAUUGAUCAUAGGAUUUCUGAUUGGGGUGUCCCGAAUGAUUGCUGAGUUUGCUUAUGGAACUGGGAGCUGCAUGGAGCCUAGCCAGUGUCCCACGAUUAUCUGUGGUGUACACUAUCUGUACUUUGCCAUCAUCCUGUUUGUCAUUUCUAUCAUCAUCAUCUUGGUCGUCUCCCUCAUCACCAAGCCCAUUCCAGAUGUGCACCUCUACCGCCUGUGCUGGAGCCUUCGCAACAGCAAAGAGGAGCGUAUUGACCUGGACGCAGGGGAGGAGGACAUCCAGGAGGCCCCAGAGGACACCAUUGAAAUAGACACAGAAGUUCCUGAGGAGAAAAAAGGAUGCUGCAGGAAGGCCUAUGACCUGUUCUGCGGUCUGGACCAGCAGAAGGGCCCCAAGAUGACAAAGGAAGAGGAGGCAGCCAUGAAGUUGAAGCUGACAGACACCUCGGAGAAGCCUUUGUGGAGGACGGUAACGAACAUCAACGGCAUCAUUCUGCUGGCUGUGGCCGUCUUCUGCCACGCAUUUUUUGCCUGA